CCCAACUUUCUUCCGCUAUUUCUUUCUCUUCCGCUAGAGAGAGAAAUUCUCUCUUUUCUCCACUCCUCAAAAACCCCCAAAUCUGUGGCCUAUAGCUGCUAUGGGACGGAGACAAGCAGAUCUGGAGAUGGAUUUCUGGUGAUGGAGUGAGAUGGAUGAAGAAACCUAUAGCUACUGGAGAUGGAGAUCGAAACUAGAGGUCUCCCACAAGCAAUUUCCAAGCUCAUCUGCAAUCAACAAAGUCAAGUUUUGCAUCAAUGGCCAGCAAAGGAGAGGAACAGCAAACCCAGGCUGGAAGGCACCAGGAGGUCGGCCACAAGAGCCUUCUCCAAAGCGAUGCUCUUUACCAGUACAUUCUUGAGACUAGUGUGUACCCUAGAGAGCCUGAACCCAUGAAGGAACUCAGAGAACUAACUGCCAAGCACCCAUGGAACAUCAUGACCACAUCCGCCGACGAAGGCCAAUUCCUGAACAUGCUUCUCAAGCUCAUCAAUGCCAAGAACACCAUGGAAAUCGGUGUCUACACCGGCUACUCCCUUUUAGCCACAGCUCUCGCUCUCCCUGAUGAUGGAAAGAUCUUAGCCAUGGAUAUCAACAAAGAAAACUACGAGCUAGGUUUGCCAAUAAUCCAGAAAGCCGGCGUUGCCCACAAGAUUGAUUUCAAGGAGGGCCCUGCUUUACCCGUUCUUGAUCAAUUAGUCCAAGAUGAAAAGAAUCACGGCUCCUAUGAUUUCAUCUUCGUGGACGCUGAUAAGGACAACUACCUAAACUACCAUAAGAGAUUGAUUGAGCUGGUGAAGGUGGGUGGAAUAAUCGGCUACGACAACACCCUUUGGAACGGCUCCGUGGUGGCGCCACCCGAUGCGCCUCUCAGGAAAUAUGUUAGGUAUUACAGGGACUUCGUCUUGGAGCUCAACAAGGCUCUCGCCGUGGACCCCAGGAUCGAGAUCUGCAUGCUCCCCGUCGGUGAUGGUAUCACCCUCUGCCGCCGGGUCAAGUGAGCAAGCCGCCGAGGUUGACGCUGGAUAACUUGAGAGCACAUGUAGUGUUCUUCGCCCCUUUUUUUUUUUUACUCUGCAAAUUUUAUUGCUAAAGUGUUUUGUUUGUAUGUGGAUGGACGGUGGAUGGUUAAAGAAAACCUUAUUUUAAUAGUGAUGAUUUAAUUUAAUGUUCGAAGAUCAAAUACAUCAGCGAAUAAAUAUUUAAAUUUUUA